CACUACACUACCAUUUUCUCAGGCCAUUUAGGCAAAUGUUUACGACAAUUGACAGGGGUGAAUAUGUGCUGUGGCUUCGGUGCUUCAGGCAUCUUGGUAAGUGCGGCCUGACGUUUGCAACGGGGGCGCAGUCGGCACAUGCGUUUCGUAAAGCAAGACGCUAUUGUUUAUGGAAGAGAGUCUGGGGCCACGACUAAUCGGUACCGAUGUGUUUUAUGGGGCAUUCUGUACGCACAAGGUCAUAUACUUGAGGUUCAAUAACCCUCUCCUUGACCUCACCAAUUCACACUCGUUUCACUCUGGCUUUUCUUUGAACUCUGCAGUCCCAACCUCCACCUGUCCUCUUCUACUUUAUAUUAGCAUCAUCGAUAUCUUUUUUCCUACACCAUGGAGACUUCGUUGGAUGACAAAAAGAAACACACUGGCUCUCUCCCAGGGUUCGCCAAUAUCCAAAAUGUGCCAAUAUCGCCAAUGAUCAAACACUCUGGCCUCGUCUUCGCAAUCCUUCUCGCAAUCUUUUUCUUUUGUCGACAGUACGUCCUCGAAAACGCCCUGGACAGAGGGCUCAUCUACAAACGCAUAUGGCCGACACUCAACGCGCGCCAGAAGCGCGGCUUCGUAAACCACCAUCUGUCCAUUGCGGCCAAGAUCUUCGUCAUAGUUUUUGCCAUUUACCCCUUUUUUGCCGUCGUCCUCGGCAAAGGCGACUUUCACACGCCCAUGUUUGGUUCUGGUAUAGGACAUAAGCGACGAGACGGUGUCUUCACUAUGGGCGAUGCGCUGUAUCUUGCAAUCAUGAUCGUUUCAGUCAUGUACGCGCAUGAGCUGUCGUACCGGGAGGGUAUCAGCUAUGUCGCUGUUGCACACCAUGUUGGGGUGCUUGUCAUGGGCCAGUUGACGCUGUACUGGAGCGGGAAGACCAACCGUCAACCCGAUGCAGCUUUGGAGGCUAUCUUGGCUUUGUUCUGGGGCUUCUAUGACCUGAGUGUCGAGGUACCUCCUCACGUCACCAUGAUCAUCUACCGCGAUCCCAAUGUUACAUCUGAGAAACUAAUGCGCUCCUUUUCCGUGGCUUUCUGGUGCUCGUCUAUUGGAACUUUGGCGGAGACAGGAACCAUAUUCGGACUGUAUGGUGCUCUGUUCCACAAGUGGACACUCACUAUGAAGAUCUUGAUUCCGAUUCUGCACUGCAUCUUUACAGCUGCGCAGGUCUGGGGUGAGUACUGCACAUGGAGCUUGUGGCAGCAGGAGAAGAGGAAGGUAGCGAGAGGAGAGGGGAAAGGAAAAGAUGAUUUAUCAACUGGAGAUGUAGAACAGAAGUAGUGUCGUUCCGGUCGAGGUUGCCCCUUUUUUAUUACAUAGCAUUUGCCCAGCGUUAUUUUAGAACAUAC